UUAUAAUUCUAAGGGUCUAAAAUUCAGGAGAGGGAGGUUCGCUGUUUGAUACCUCGUGGUUGUUGAAGUGAAAACAACAUUAACGCCACCUUCGCGGGACUCAGUUCUCACACGGUCUUUGCAGAGAUUGGAGAUGAAUCUAAACUACACAUCUCCUGUGCCCCAGAUGCCAGCCCAAAGGUCAACAUCGUUCUUCAUCGAAGACAUUUUGCUACACAAACCCAAGCCGCUGAGAGAAGUGUUUCACUCGCCCUUCUCCGGCUCCCUGGCGUCCCGGAUGCCUCUUCUGGAAUAUGGAUAUCCGCUGAUGCCAACCCCUAUACUGGCGCCUCACCCUCACCAUCCCCUUCACAAACCUGAGCACCACCCGUAUUUCUUCACCUCCGGGAUGCAGGUGCCGGCACUCUUUCAGCAUCACCCAGAGUUGCCUGGCAAGCACUGCAGACGGAGAAAGGCCCGAACCGUGUUCUCAGACUCCCAGUUGUCAGGGCUGGAAAAGAGAUUUGAAAUACAGCGGUACCUCUCUACUCCAGAAAGAGUGGAAUUGGCUACAGCGCUAAGUCUCUCAGAAACACAGGUAAAAACGUGGUUUCAAAAUAGAAGGAUGAAGCAUAAAAAACAGCUAAGGAAAACCCAAGACGACCAGAAAAAUCCAAGUGACUUGGAUCGAUCCCUAGAAAACACAAGUGAGAACGAAAGCAGUGAAAAAAAUUCAGAAGAUGUUAAAACAGGAAUGAACCAGGACUCAUAUAUGCUCGAAGAAAAUGAAGAUGAUGUCGAUAUCGAAGAUGAUAUUUGUUCCCCGGAACAUCUAUUAUAAUUAAAGACAUAUUUACAAACAAAUGUUCCCAUUGACAAACCAUAUGCUGUACGUGGUACCAAUCAGAUAUUUAACAUUUUUUAAGUAUCAGUAAUAACAUUAUAAAAUUAUAUUUAUUGAAAAGCUUGCGAGGACAUUCAUUGACACUUAAUACUAUGUGCUGGUUUGCUUACAGAACACAACCGUGUUUCAUGAGUCAAAUGUACAGGAGCAGUUUACUGAUCAUCGAAAUAUGGGAGGUGUAAGAUACCAUGAAGUGAUAAUAGCCUAAUUGUACUUUUUUCAUCUACUUGUAUUAUUAUUAUUAUUAUUAUUAUUAUUAUUAUUAUUAUUAUUAUUAUUUUU